AUGUGGCCGAGAUUGGUAGUUAACAAGAUCCUUAGAAAGAGAAUGGGAAGCAACAACUUUGUCGCAGAUUUUCCAAGCAACACAGAAGCUAGCUUGCUUGAAAUUUCAAACUUGGGUCAACCAUCUUUGAGCGUUGACACCAUCUUUAAUCAUCACAAGAACACACACAACUACAAAGUUUUCGUUAGCACGUGGAAUGUUGGUGGGAUUGCACCAAGUGAAGAUUUGGAUAUGGCGGCUUGGCUAGACACCACCCAAAUCAGUGACAUCUAUGUUCUUGGGUUUCAAGAGAUUGUGCAGCUUAAAGCAUCGAAUGUUCUUGGUUCAGAAAACAGUAAGAUUUCCAUGAAAUGGAAUUCCUUGAUUAGACAAGCAUUGAACAAGAAGAUCGAAUGCUAUGAAAGGGCUAUAGAAAGCAGCAACAUUCUUCAAGACUUUCGCUGCAUCAUUAGCAAGCAAAUGGUUGGAAUAUUAAUAUCAGUUUGGGUUCGAAGCAAUCUUCGUCCUUACAUUCGGCAUCCUAGUGUCUCUUGCGUUGGCUGUGGCAUCAUGGGUUGCCUAGGCAAUAAGGGUUCUGUGUCAGUUAGAUUUCGGUUACAUGAAACAAGCUUCUGCUUUUUGUGCAGUCAUCUAGCAUCAGGGGGUAGAGAAGGGGAUGAAAAAUAUAGAAACUCAGAUGUAGCCGAAAUCUUAUCGCGAACAAGCUUCCCUAGAGGCGCUUCACUUGAUUUGCCAAGAAAGAUUCUAGAUCACGAUCAUGUGAUUUUGCUUGGAGAUUUGAACUAUAGAAUUUCACUACCUGAAGAAACAACUAGAUUAUUGGUGGAUAGAAAAGAAUGGGAAGCCUUAUUAGAAAAUGAUCAGCUGAGGAUGGAGCUCAUGAAUGGUCAAGCAUUUGAAGGUUGGCAUGAAGGAAUAAUCAAAUUUGCUCCUACUUACAAGUAUUACCCUAAUUCUAAUGUAUACUUCGGCUGCAAGGAAGGCAAAAAAAGCGAAAAAUGGCGGGCUCCGGCAUGGUGCGACCGGAUAAUUUGGUACGGGGAGGGAUUAAAGCAACAUUUGUAUGCUAGAGGUGAAGAAAACUUGUCUGAUCAUAGACCAGUUAAGGCAAUAUUUUCUGCUGAAGUUGAGGUUCUGCAAACAUUAAAAGGACUUCAACAAUUCUUCUUAUCGGAGAGAUUAAGCUUCAAGAUAUAA